AUGCAUCUAUCUAUCUCUAAUUCACUCACUCACGCACAUUAUCUAUCUAUCUAUCUAUCUAUCUAUCUAUCUAUCUAUCUAUUUCACUCUGUUCAUAUCUAUGUUCCCAAAUCGAUCUAUCUGGCUUUCUUUCAUUCUAUUUGCUGCUGUUCGUAUCUAUCUAUUAAUCUUUAUAUUUUUAUAUAUUCAAAUCAAUUCCGUAUCAUCCCUAUAUCGUCUAUUCAUAUCUAUCUAUUUAAACUGUUCAUAUCUAUCUCAACUGUCAAUAUCUAUCUAUCUAUCUAUCUAUCUAUCUAUCUAUCUCAACUUUUUAUAUCUAUCUCAACUGUUUCUAUCUAUUUAUCUAUCUAUAUCAACUGUUCAUAUGUAUCUCAACUGUUCAUAUUUAUCUCAACUUUUUAUGUCUAUCUAUCUAUCUAUCUAUCUCAACUGUUCAUAUUUAUCUCAACUGUUUAUAUCUAUCUAUCUGUGGAUUAA